AUGAGGAGUGAGAUAGACUAUUCGGUUUAUUUGGUCACAGCGAGAGAUCUAUUGCCAGUUGGAAAGCAUUAUCUCGAAUCUCUCGAGGAGUCACUGCAGGGCGGCGUGACUGUCGUUCAGCUCAGAGAGAAGACUAUUGACACUGGAGAGUUCAUUCAAAUCGCUCAAUCCACUAAAGCGAUUUGUGAUAAGUACAAUACUCCACUCCUUAUAAACGAUAGGAUUGAUGUCGCACUCGCUAUUGACUGUGCAGGCGUCCACGUCGGCCAAUCCGAUGCUCCCCUUGCCGUUGCUCGUAGGUUACUCGGUCCAAACAAGGUUAUCGGCGUUUCUGCAGGCAAUAUUGAUCAAGCAAUAGCUGCGCAGAAAGGUGGUGCUGAUUACUUGGGAAUUGGUGCAAUAUACGGCACUCAAACAAAGGAUGUAUCCAAUAAGAUUAUGGGACCAGCAGGAGCUAGAGCCGUUUUGGCAGCAUUGGACCCUCAUUCACCAAUCAAAACUGUCGUUAUUGGUGGUAUCAAGUCAGAUAAUGUAUUGCGCGUGCUGCACGGUGUACAUUUUAGGGAUACAAAGAGAUAUCUCGAUGGCGUGGCUGUCGUCAGCGACAUAGUCUCGUCUCCUAGGCCAAGGAAAGCUACAGAAAAUCUAGCUCGCCUUGUCCAAGCUUUCAGGAAUAAUGAAAACACAAAACCUGAGCCAGCCAUUAACGACAUCGAUUCUGUCCUCAACAAGGUUUCAGAGAUUAUAAACGCAAUACCAGAUCAAAGCCCGCUCAUCCAGCAAAUGGCUAACAUUGUUACGGCUAAUGAUCAAGCCAAUGCUACACUUGCACUCGGUGCUAGUCCAGUCAUGGCUGCCGUUGUUGGUGAUCAAAAGGAUCUCAAUCCACACAUUGGAGCACUUUUGAUCAACAUGGGAACCGUAUCCGAUGAGCAAAAGCGUGCUAUGCUUGCUGGAGGACGCUAUUCGAAUAUUAAUAAGAAGCCGCUCAUCUUCGAUCCUGUCGCUGUAGGAGCCACAUCAUUCCGCAGGGAAACCGGGAAAGAGCUGCUCAGCCACUGGCAUCCAACAGUGAUUAAAGGGAACGCAGCAGAGAUCGGUGCCUUAUCAGGCUUAAACGAGGUUACCACGAAAGGUGUCGAUUCCGUCGGACCUGGUUUCAAAGAUCCGUAUUUGGUAGUUCGAUCCCUGGCGAACCGAGAACGCUGCGUAGUUGUGAUGACUGGUAAGGAUGAUUACAUCAGUGACGGCGAACGUACAGCGAAGAUAUCAAAUGGACAUCAAUUACUGGGGCAAAUCACAGGAUCUGGAUGUGUCACGGGAACAGCAAUAGCAACGUGCUGUGCAGUAGCAUCAAUGACAGAGGGAGAUAUGAAUAAAGAUGGAAAAUUGACCACAGGUGAUCACUUUAUAGCUUCGAUUGCAGGGGUAUUGGCUCUUGAAAUAUCCGCCGAGAUUGCAAGCACCCGAAACGACGUCAGAGGACCAAACACAUUUAGAUCAGCAUGGAUAGAUGAAAUGAGCAAUUUAGACAAAAUCGAUUUAAGUAAAAUGAGUCGUGUAAUUGUUGCCUAA